CCAUGACACAAAUGUCACAAACUCAUAUAGUUCAGGACACAGAUGGAAUAUUGGAAACAAUAGGACACAAAUGGCAUUUUUUGGAUAGUUCGGGUGUUGUAAUGGUAUUAGCCCAAUGUUAAAAACAUGUUCGUACUCUCGGCUUCGUACAUAAGUUACAACAAGCAUGGCUCUUGUUCAUGAAUAUACCAAUACAUUUACAUCUAGUUCAACACCUAAAUGCGGUUUGGUUGCGAUAAAAUUACAUAUAUGGACACAUAAUGCCCACCUAAAAUGAUAGAGAAACGAAAACAAAAACAGAUCACCCAAUAUCUGCUCAUUCCCUAAACCUUUUUCCUACCUGUCAAAGCCAAGAACCAGAAAAAUUUGAACAUAAUAGGUGGAUGGAGGAGGGACAGACAGACGGAAAUGGCCAAUAGUCUGCAACCCUAAAAUCACAUUUUUCGUCCCGUCGAAUCACAUAUACGAGUUCUCCUAAACAAAACCUUUUCUACAGACCUUAAACCACCCCAAGCCCCUUCCCCAUAUAUAUAUAUAUUAAACCGAAAAAUCGCAAUAGAGCAGAUUACCUUCAUCCUCGAAAAAACUCCCUCCGCCAAACCCCCAAAAUCAAUGAGAAGAGCAUCGUUCUUCUGUUGUCAAGCAUUUAUUUCGGAGUUGCAUUGAUGCUCACGGCUGCAGCUUCUUCUGCUCCAAAACAUGUUCGAACAUGUAGUCUUCUCCAGCCUCGUCCCUUCCAGUUUAUCCUGGUCCCCACUGGGCGCUGCUGCGUGCGAGCCACGUGGGGAUGAUUCAGAUGUUGAUUCGUCGGCUGACUCGGGUUCGAACGGAGGGCAAGGGCCGUCAUUGCAGGUGCACAACGGCAUUGCCACGGAUGGGAAAGGGCUGCAGGUGACUGGGCAGAGGUAUUCUGAAGAUACUACUGCAGCCACACGGUUCUUUCGGAUCUCGGGUACACACGCUGCUCGCUGGUCGUCACGAGGGUGAAGCAUGCAAGGGGUGCACAGGCCGAGUGACAUGGAAAGCUGCUUCAGUUCUUUUGCUGGGGAGCCUGGCAAUUUGGUGAAGGAGACGAUUCCAUUUCUGCAGAGUGGACACGGGAUGGAACCAGGUGGGCCAGCUGUUUCAGUUGGCAUGUUGCUCGUUGAGCACAGGUAAAGUGCACAUCUCACACAAAGCUCAUGCCCACAACCUGCACGCAUAGAAUUUAGUAAUUAAGACCAACAGUUAAAAACUUCUCAGCUUCUUCUUUCCGCUGAGGGGCAAACCAUGUUCUUUGAAUGAAAGAUGAGACUAAAGAAGCUAUAAAAAAUUCUUCAAAAC